AUGAGCCUGGCCGACCGCCUGAGCCGAGUGUGCACGCCAGCGGAGACUGGCGAAAGCCUAGAUGCCUUCAAGACGCUGCCAUUGGAACAGAUGGAUGCCACACCCAUCAGUUUUGGCAAAGCCCACUUGGGCAAGACGUAUCGCCAAGUGUGGGAUCAAGAAAUCCGUUGGGUACAAUGGUUUGUCCGCACCUUCGAGGGCUCGGGAAAACUGGAGCACCAGAAGCUCAUUCACUAUGUGACGAUGAUGGUAGAACGUGUGGAACUGGAGACGGAAUCAGAGUUCCGCCAACUCCCACAGCCAAAGGUGAAAGCCAAGGCCAAGAGCAUGCCAGCUCACACAGUGCCGAUCGACCCCGAAGCAGAGGAAGAGGAGGAAGCAUGGCUUCAAGCCGAGAUGGAGUCUAUGCCCACCUACAUGCCCGAGAAUGUCAACACCGAGAACAUUCAUGCACUGCAGCAUCGAAUGAGCGGAGUAGAGAAUGCAGUGGGGGAGAUCCUGUAUAGUGCUUUUGCGCCAUCAGUGGUCCAGUCGCCGACACCUCCAUUGGGAGCAGCCAAGGUUUUAGUCAGCUUUUCCAAUCGCAGACAAGAACCCAAGGAUUUCACCCUUUGGAAUGAGAUCCUGACAGCUGUCGGGAAGCGACCGAAGAAGACCUCAGUUGAGCCAAGCGCCAAACGUCCCAAGGUGAUCACCGCACAACUGAUUGAGCCAGACAACCUGCCUCAGAAACGCCGCCGUGUAGGAGACAAAGGGCCUGAGACCAAAAUGACACCUGAACUCCAAGAAAUCAUGGAUGCCAUCAAGAAAAUGCUACCGAGAGUCGGUAAAAAGGAGAUUUUGGAUCAACAAAUCAUCACGAAGAUACAAAACGUAUUUGAUGAUAAGAAAAUCAUGCAUGUAGUGGGGUGCAAGGGAACUGAAAGAACACUACCACCACCAAAGGAAAUGGUUGAAGGAGAAGCACCAUAUAGAAGAGCUAUCGUACUUGAAAGGGAAUCCCAAAGAAUCCUUGUGGAAGACCAAUGGGAAGAAUGGGAGCAGUUAGCACAAAGAAAGCUUGUACGUAGCCUGAUUCCGAGCUCAGUGAAUAUAACGGUGUUCGCCUGCAAUCAUCCGAGUGCACCCACAGGUCUGCCCGAGAGUGUAAUUCAGAUGCCUGCAGAACCACAAUCCAGUGUCCCGGAUGGACAAUUGAAUGAAACUGGUCCUGCAGGAGCAGCUCCUUCUGAUGCCAUAGGUCAUCAGAAACCAGCCAUGAGUGAUGCCACACUCAAGACGAGUAUACUCCCUGAGACACAAUCAAAGCCUGUAAUCCCAGAUGUUUUGCCAACCAACACUCCCGACAGAAAUGUCAUGAUUGAUGCGCAAUCUCUACAACAUGGCUCACGGUUCUUGACGCUACCAGCGCAUGAGAAACAACAUCUCCUUCGGAUUCACAAGAAUUUUGGACAUCCCUCUCCUCAAGUGUUGUCACAGGUUCUUCGAAGACAAGGGUACCCCAGCCAUCUAACACAAGCCUUGGAAGACAUGAAGUGUUCGGUUUGUGUUCAACAUCAACACCCAAAAAUACAACGACCUGCCACCAUCAAGGCAGAAUUGGAUUUUGGCGAUAAGGUCUCAGUCGAUGGAGUGUCAUGGACAAGUAAGACAGGAACCAGCUUUCAUUUUUACCAUUUCCUUGACCAUGGAACCAACUACCACACUGCCACAAUUGCCCCAAAUCGUACCACCGAAAAAGCCAUUGAAAAACUGACAGUUGGAUGGCUCACAUGGGCUGGCCCACCAAAUGAAAUGAUGGCAGACUCAGCAACUGAGUUCAAUUGCGAACAGUUUGCGAACUUCCUGCAGCAGCUAAAUGUAAAGUGCACAAUCAUUCCGCCAGGAGCACAUUGGCAGAUGGGAAGAACGGAAAGACAUGGGGACAUCCUCCAGAAAAUGCUCAGUAAAUAUGAAGAAGAUCACCCAGUGAACUCCUAUGCCGAUUUGCAAAAGGCCUUAAUGAUGUGUACCGCUGCAAAGAAUGCGUGUAGCCUCAGGCACGGGUUUUCUCCGGAAAUGCUAGUGUUCGGAAAGGGUUUGAAGGUUCCAGGUUCACUGACUAGCGACGACAGUCUACCUGCACACAGCCUUGCAAAUGAAGAAAACGCACAGGGAAUCCAGUUCCGAUCUCAACUAGCAAUGAGAGAAAGUGCCCGUAAAGCCUUCCACGAUGCUGACAACAGCGCUGCACUUCGCAGGGCUGCUUUGCGAAGAGAACGUCCAGACCGGGGAUCAUACGAACCAGGAGAAUGGAUAAUGUAUUGGAAGUCAUCCGAAACAUCCAAAGCCUGGCAUGGGCCGGCAAAGGUGAUUCAACAGGAUGGUAGACAUUCCAUUUUCUGCUUGCACAUGGGAAACAUGGUUCGUGUUGCCCCUGAACAUGUUCGUCCAGUCAGCGCAGUAGAGGCCCAGCAGAUUUCCGAACUGGUUCCGCCGACUCAGGAACAGCAGAGCCAUAUGCAGAGACUCAUCACACAGGCCACUCAGGAAAUCACCAUUCCACCAAAUCAAGAACCCGAGAUGGAACAUCCAAUGGUAGCACCCACAGAGUCCGAAAUGCAACAAGCAAUUGAAACACCGGUUCCUGACGUCGAUGAUGAACUGGUAUGUGAUUUGCUGCUGAGUGAAGACAUUGACCCUCCAUGUGUACAAAGUUCUGGAGCCCAUUUGGCAUGGCGUUUUGAGUUCCAAGUUCCUCAAGAGUUUGAAAGUGGACACCCAGUUCCGAUCGAGGACAUCAUCAUGUUGGCUACGAAUCAGAAAAAGUCAAGAACUGAG